AGACAUGGAUGUAUGCAGCCAUUCAAUACUCAAUCACACUACCAUCAUUUGGAGACAUUUUUGCAUCAUCAACAUUUCUCAUUCAAUUUACUUGACCAAAAUGCAGCCUUGGUAACAGAUAGCUUCACCUAACCAUCAACAAGAAUUCUUGGACGGGUGAAAAAGACGCCAAAAGUGAGCAUUGCUCCCGUGCAAGCUCAAAGAAAAUGGCAUCAUAUAAUCACCAUCAAAAUCAUCCGCAUAACGAUCGAUAUCAUCAUUCAUCUCCUUAUCAAGCUUAUCAGCCAACAUUUGCAGGUCAACAGUAUCCCUCACAAAAUACCUAUUCAACUUCAACGACAAGGUAUCCCUUGCCUGUGCCUCCUUUAAAUGCAAAUGGAGAAAGCGUUUCAGUACCACCGCCGAAUCCUUAUGGCUACGAUAAUGCUCCGAUUGGCGAACCAGGUCCAAGCUCUUUAGCUCGCUAUAGUCCUUUCAGAGCCGAAUCCGAUCACUCUCCUAUGGUAGAUCCCGGUCCAUUUCCUUCUAAUCGUCCGAUGAGUUCUUCAGUGCAUGAGAACGAAAUGACAAGCGAUUCGCAGAGCAAAGUCAAGAGGGCAAAGUCUGCACAAAAGAUUACGAGAAAUCGCAAGAUCACUAGCUGCUUGCAAUGUCGUGAAAGGAAACAAAAAUGCGAUCGAAAACGUCCGGUUUGUAGCAAUUGUGUAGCAGGUAAUUCUAGAGGCGGAAUGUGUACAUACGUCGACACUGCUGAAGGUGUACAAGAAGUAUUGGCCAAUGAAGGUGAAAAAGACGCAAAAAGGGUCAAGAGAUCACCUUCUGAAGAAGCAAUACCAAACGUUGCGCAAAUGCCUGCACCGAUGCGACCAAUGUUACCUGCACGAUCUCCGCUAACUGUUCGACGACUUCAUUUGAUUGCCGCCACUGCUCAAGCGGGACGAGAUCCAUCACUGGAGUUUGAGGUCAGGGUACGGUAUGCAAGAGCAGCAGCAGUGGGCUCAAUCUUGUUCGGCACGCCAUCUAUGGGACCAGGAGCAGAAGUCACGUCACAGUUGUAUCAACCAUUGGCUGCAGUAGACUCACUCAAGCUACCAACGUCAGCCGAAAUUGGACCUUUGUUGGACACAUACCGCAGGCAUAUAGAGUGGAUGUGCAAUGUUGUGUUGGUCGAUUUGAAUCGAGCAAGAUUUGAAAGUUUCUUGAAUUGGUGGCACAGUAAUCCUCAAACUUUACCCGCGGAUCCACCACUUAUCCCGCUCGUGCUUACAAUUUUGGCAUUGGCGAUCCAGGCAAGACGAAUGUCGACUCAUUGCACUCUGGUUCCUUCUGCAAAGAAUCGGGAUCAAAAACGAAGCGAGAAGCAUUUCGAUCGCGAUGGCACAUCCAACAAUUCACGAGCCCAAUCGCCAAAACAACAACAUUUACGUAUAUGUUCAUCAGAAAAGGAACUUUUGGAAACAGCACAAAGAUGCAUUGAUGUCUUACAGAUUGCUUGUCCUUCAAAUUGGGCCAGCGCCUUUUCUGCUCCGUUGGAUCUUGUUCGUGCAAGCUUGUUACGUGGUCUUUGGCAUAUGACUGAAUUACACUUGCAAUUCGGCGGAAGUUGCUUUGCUACAACGAUGCGACUAGCACACGCUGCUUCUCUAAAUCAUGAUACAAGGCAUUGGCCUUCGAUGGGCAAAGAAGAGUCGCAAGCACGUAGAAACAUAUUUUGGAACGUUGCGACGUUUGAGAUCAUGUUCUCUAUGCGAGUAAUACAACCUUCGAUGAUCUUACCGACGAGUUACGAUACCAAGUUUCCAGACGACUACGAUGCUCUUGUAAAUCUGUACAGAUAUGGCGGACUGGUGGAGCCUUACAUCGUUGAAGGCAGAAGAAGCCACUUCCGAGUUACACCAGUUACAAAGAAUAGCUUUGAUUAUCAUUCCGCAAAAUUCAAGCUGACUGAUAUCCUAAUCAAAGGACAAGAAGACCUGCGAUCAGGAGAUAAAGGUCGUUUGGCCGAAGCACAUGAGCAAUGGAAGAAAGAGUUACCUAAAGAGCUGAAAAAGAUCAUCGACCAUGGAGGAUCACGCAGUCUGGGGAAAGACAAUCACCCAACAAAGAGGAAAUAUGAUGUACCAGUACUCUAUACCCCAGGAGACAAUGACCUUGACACCGAAACGCAUUUCUUGCAAGCGGCCAUGCUGCAAAUGUUGGAUCUUUCGGCUAGCAUUCAAAUUCACAGGCCACAAGCAGAUGAAUCAGGUCGUUGGAGAGCUCCUGAAGGUCAAUCUCAGCGUUCUCUAGAGAUCUGUAUUGAUUCAGCACAAAGAUUGAUUUGGUUGGUACAUUCUGUGAUUAUGCGGGAUCCUGGUCCACCUUAUAUCCUAUAUCAUCAAUGCGUUUUCAAUCUAUUCCAAGCAGCAAUCGCCAUCGCAAUCGAAAGUGCUAUCUCAUCUUCGAAGGAAAGAACUACGAAUAUGAGUACUGCGCAAUCAUCGCUGCAAAAAGCGAUCGAGUUGCUCGACACUGUUGCUCGGGCCCAAAAUCUACGGUAUGUUGCUGAACAAGCAGGCAAGUAUGCUGCUACACUACGAGAGAUGGAGGAAACACGCAGGAACAGGUUGAAGGGUAAGACAAGAUCUGGAGCUCAGACACCACAAAGCAUGCGCAAUGCGGAAGCAAGCAUGAGCAGCAAUAGCCAUCCCGGCAAUGAAUCGAGUGGAACGCCGAAAACCUCUAUACAAAAUGCUCAGAAAGCCGCUUUGGGUGUACCCAUCUUGGCAGUGGCCGAAGGUGAUGGAAAGAUGCUUGGUGGACAGGGAUACCCUCUGGGUAAAAGCGGCAACUCAAGCAAUCGAUCUUCACCCUUCUCUUCGAGCUCAACUGCACAUCGUACAGGUCAAAGUAGUGCAAAUAAAUUCACGCAACCAAGAUCUUAUCCUCCUCAACAAUCAACCCAACAGUCAAUUCAAUCCUUUCCACAGCAGAAUACCCCUGCAAGCUCGAUACGAUUCUCAGAUAUGGGUAGACCUAUUCAAGCCAUUUUACCGGAAUUGCAAGGGCUACACAUUCCCGGUAUUGACUUUUUAUCUGAUGGAGGUGGUGCAGUAGGUUUGGAGAAUUCUACUGCGAAUGGCUUGAAUAUGAACGGUGCUAUACCUUCGAUGCAAACCUUUACUGCGCCGCAUUCAUCUUUUGGAAUUGAUUUCCAUGAUUUACAGGUGUUUGGACAUGCGGAAAAUCAAGGUCGAUUUGAUAGUAUGCCCGAUGAUACUUUUGCUGAACGACCGUUUGCGAAUGCGAAUCAUUUGAACUCUGCUACUGGACCGAUGAAUCAGAUGGUCUCAAGUCCGACUACAGCGAAGACUUAUGCGCCUUCAUCAACGGGAAGCGGUGUACUUGGAUUUUCGCCCCCGAUGAAUACGCAAAACGAUGUGAAUGGUCAAAUAGGCGGUGUAAGUACUCUUAAUGUUGGACAACUUCAAACACAAACUCAUCAAGAUGCCGAUCCGCAACCAGGAUCGAACGGACAGAACGGAGGAACGGAUGAUGCAUUCGCAAUGGAUUGGAGUGAAUGGGAACGUACUGUUGAACGUAUGUUGUAUAUGGAUCGAUGAUCGAUCUUUUGUGUAGGAUUAAGUGCGCUACGCUAUUGAACAAGUUUUGUACAACUGUAUUGUUCUUUUUUGUUUUGUUAUGCAAUUUCAUGUAUUCUAUAUCAGUACUUUAAUAUAAGCGACCUUUAAAGCACACAAAGAGUCUAGACCGUAUCCAAGGGGCUUGAUCUGACAACAACAUCAUGACCAACAUGAAAAGCCAACGAAGUAUAGGCGCAAAUCAUACACCCGAGAUGAUUGCCCCGGCGAGAUAAUGCGAUGAGUUUCUAUGAAAGUAUAAUUAGAUAAACCAUUCCUCAUUG